AUGUCCUCCUGUCAACAAUUCCGCGUUCGCUUCCCAGCAGAGCUGGAGAAACCCCCCGCCGACCGCCCCAGAAAGGCGAACCUCACCUACCCCAAGGUCGCCCAGGUCAAGCACAGCAAAGACAGGAUAGAGUCCGCGGACCUGUACUGGGGCCACCGCUGCGUGACGGCCUCGCCAGAAAAAUUCCUGCGCAACCGGCGUCGUGAGCGGCGUGAGCCACCCCCUCCCCCUCCCGAGAAUGACUCCAAGGCGGGCUUGCUGCGCUCCCUGUCGAACGCGCUGGCGACGGACGGCCCGCCGAUCGGCCUGAGGCAGUCGCCCCGCCCGCAGCUCGCGAUAUCCGUCCCCGACAAGAACUCCGAGAGGGCCGUGCACCCUCUGCGGCUCAAAAGUGCGCCGCCGCUCAGCAUCACGCCCACGUCCACGUCGUCUUCGUCUUCGGGAGACCAGGACUCGAACUAUUCAUAUCUGGACGUGAAGGAGACGAAAGACGAGCAGCAUCACGGUCCACUGCUGAGCGAAGUCAGGCCUGUCACGUUCUGA